AACACGCUUUUCAUUUCUAACACUUUGAUUAAAACCCGCCCCGUCCGGUAACGGCGAGUAUCAUCAAAACCCAAACAGAGACAAAAAAAAGAAAAAAAAAAAAAGAAAGAAAAACUCCCUGGAAAUCCAUCUCCGUCAACCCCUCAAACCUAAAACCACCACCACCACUCUCUCUCUCUCUCUCUCUCUAUAUAUAUAUAUAUAUAUAUAUAGAUAUACACACACAGAGACAACUUCAAUCAGUUUUAUAUAUAUUUAUAAAAUAAAGUUGAAGAUCCACAUCAGAUCUGGUCAAUCAAAUGGACGAUUUCGGAAUCUUAGCUCGCGAUUUCGGAUUCAAACCACAAGGCAAAUCCGCUCCAAUGAAAUCCGACGGAAUCGGGUCAGAUUUCCGGACCCGAUCUCAAUCCACAUCCUCUUCAUCAUCUCUCUUCACUAAUCCCGAUCAUUUAUUCAAUGAUGUUUUUGGGGGCCCACCUAAAUUCAACAACAAUAGUAAUACCACCAAAUCAUCAGAUAUCGAUUACGAUUCGAUUUUCAGAAGUAGUAGUAGUAGUAAAAAUAAUGAAGUCAAGAGUAAAUCUGUUGGUUCGAAUUUGCCGGUUUACGAUAAACCGGUUUACGAUGAUGAAAAUGAUGUUGAUGAUAGUAUUGGUGGUGAUAUAUUUGGUGGAUUGCCAGGUGUGAAGAGUAAAUCGAUGCGAAAUAGUAGUUCGGUUCGAUACGAAAAUAAUGACGAUGAUGAUGAUGAUAAUGUGUUUGCGUGGUCGAAAAAGAGCGAAAAAAAGGAUGAUUUUGAUGAUUUGUUAGGGAAUUUGGGACAUAAGGAGAAGGAGGUUGCUAAAAGUAGUAAGGGUGGUUUUGAUGAUUUGCUUCCGGGUUUUGGAAGUGGUACUUUUGUGUCUAGUAACAGAUCUAAUUCAGAGUCGGUGCCAAAAUCAAGUAGCAACAAGAAAACUUCUAAUGCAAUGGAUGAUCCAUUUGUAGUUCUAGAGUCAACAUCAACCCCUGUCGCUUCAUCUUCGGGUGUUUUCAUUGACCCUCUGGAAACAAUUCCCAAGGUUACUAAAUCUCGUAGCACAAAAACUGGAGGGUCAGUAAGUACGGGUAUGUUUGAUGAUAUAGAUCCCCUUCAAGGAUUUGGUAAGCCAUCACCUGCAUUCUCAAAUGAGAUUAAUAAUAAAAAGAAAGAGCGGAGCCCUUCUAAAGAUGGAUCACGCAUUAGCAGUUUAAGAAGUUCUACUCGUAGAGAGCCGACUGAGAAAUCAUCUUAUAGAUAUCCAGAGACCCAGUUACCGAAGGUGCCGGUAGAAGAAUUUCAAGAAUCCCAGCCACCUGUGUUUGACAUGCCAUCUAUUCCAAAAAGUUCUCAUAAAUCUGUUGAUCGAGCUACUUCUCCACCUUCAUAUCCCGAGUCAAGUUCUCAAGUAGACGUGUCUCCCCCAUCAGAAGAGCAUGUUCAGUCAGCUGAAGAUAUAUGGCUUACUGUGUCAGAGAUACCUCUGUUCACACAACCUACCAAAGCUCCACCACCAUCAAGACCUCCUCCUCCAAUACCAAGACAUGCUUCCAUGCCUGGAGGAGGUUAUUUUGCCUCAAACCCGAGAACCUUCAGGAAUGAUUACUCUGCUUCACCAAAGUCUGCUAAAUAUCCUCAAAGUUCUAACCCAUUCGAUCAUGCAGCCAAGAGUCCUUUAGACGACUUUGAGAAUUUUGCCAAGUAUAGGACGCCAGAUAAUCAUGAGAACAAUGAUGGUGCCAGAUAUGGUGAAGAGGUUGAUUCAAACUCGGCGGCUGCUGCAAUGAAGGAUGCUAUGGACAGGGCCGAGGCUAAAUUUAGGCAUGCGAAAGAAGUAAGAGAAAGAGAAAAUGCCAAAGCUUCUAGAAAUAAAGAAUCUGUGAGAGUACAGAGAGAUGAAAUGUCAGAGGAAGAACAUGAUCGCCAACAGAGAGAGAAGGAAGAACAAGAGAGAGAAAAAAGUAGACUUGAAAGGGAAAAAGCUAGACAAGCUGUAGAGAGGGCUACACGGGAAGCUCGGGAAAGAGCAGCAGCUGAGGCUCGUGAAAAAGCAUCAGCUGAAGCUCGGUUAAAGGUUGAGAGGGCUGCGGUGCAGAGAGCACAAGCUGAAGCCCGUGAGAGGGCAGCUAUUGAUGCAAAGGAAAGAGCAGAACGGGCUGCUGCAGAAGCCAGAGAACGGGCUUCAUCGGAAGCUAGUGAAAGGGCUGCGACGGAAGCUAGAGAGAAAGCAGCACGGGAAAAAGCCGCUGUUGCACGAGCUGAGGCAGAUGCAAGGCGUAGAGCUGAACGUGUAGCUGUUGAAAGGGUUAAUGCUGAAGCUAGAGAGAGAGCUGCUGCAGAUGCUCGAGAUAGGGCUGCUGCUGCCGCCAGGAUGAACCAACAAAAGAAUGAUAAUGACCUCGAAUCAUUUUUCAGUUCCCGAGCAAGCAGUGCGCCUAGACCAAGGGCAACUACUUCUGACCCUGCAUCUGAUCCACUAUCACAAAACAGACGAGGACCGGAUGGGUCUCAGAGGACUUCAACUACCGGAGUACCCUCUAAUAUAAGGAAAGCAUCUUCUACCACCAAUAUUGUUGAUGACCUUAGCUCAAUAUUUGAAGCUGCCCCUUCAUCUGCCAGAGAGUUCCAAGAUGUUGAAGGUGAAACGGAAGAAAGACGAAGAGCUAGGCUUGAAAGACAACAGCGCACUCAAGAACGUGCGGCUAAAGCACUGGCAGAAAAGAAUAAUCGUGAUCUCCAAUCUCAGAGGGAACAGGAAGAAAGAAGUAGGAUUGGUGAAACUCUAGAUAUUGAGAUCAAGCGAUGGGCUGCUGGGAAAGAAGGGAAUUUGCGUGCACUGCUAUCAACAUUACAAUAUGUUUUAUGGCCUGGAUGCGGUUGGCAGCCUGUUUCGUUGACUGAUUUGAUAACUGGUGCGAUGGUCAAGAAAGCUUACAGAAAGGCAACUUUGUGCAUCCAUCCUGACAAGGUUCAACAAAAAGGAGCUAAUCUUCAACAGAAAUAUGUUGCUGAAAAAGUCUUUGACCUACUUAAGGAAGCAUGGAACAAGUUCAAUUCAGAGGAGCUCUUUUAAGUCAUACGUUGAUUUAUGCUUUUGAAGCCACACGUGUGCGAAGAUAAUUUUUUUGUGGAGAAAGAUAUGCACAGGAUGUCCACUAUAUAUACCUCUACCUUAACUCCCCUUUCAUUCCGUCAAACAAAACAUCAUAUGAGCUUCAAGGGUACAGAAUAUCUGUUGCUGUAUAUUAGUAUCAAGCUACCAAGGGAUGAAUACGUGUGGAAGGUGGAAAAUUAUUUGUUGUAGAGUAUGAUUGUUGCAUACCAUUCAUUCAACGUGAGUGAUGGUUACAGACUGCAAAUUCUUUUUGCCCCUUUUUUGUGUGUAAUGUAAAUCCCUUUUUCGGAGUUUGGCCAAUUCUAAAUUGCUUUGAAUUUGGCUGUUUCGGCUCUUCAAAAAGUUCUAUUUUUGUCUAUUUUGACAUUCUUUUACCGAUUUUCUUGUGUUCUUUGAAAUGGAAAACUACGGGGCUUUUCUA